GGCCGGCGGGGCCCCGGGGAACAGCCAAUUGUUGCAUCAGUCCAGAACUUUUAUUCGACAAUUUUCUGGAUUGUGUAAUCACCGAGGGUCAAGACAACAGUGAAAAUGAAGAAACAAGGCCCUAAGUCAGGAGAACAUCAGUCUGCGGGUAUGAAGGAAUUCCUGCAAAGGAUCCCAGAAGAGGUUAAGCAGGAACCAGAUGAGGUCCUGCAUCAGGCAACCCAGUGGCCGGACUUCCUGGAGAAAAUGGAGUCGCCCCACUCUGACUGGGGGAUUCCAAAAGAGUUGGAGGAGCCCACCCCAUGGGAAGAUGCUCAGGCCUUCCUGGCCUCCUUCGAGCAAGUGGCCAAGGCCUGCCGGUGGCCCAAGGAAGAGUGGGCGGCCCGGCUGCUGCCCGCCCUCAGUGGAGAAGCCGAGCAGGCUUUCCAGAUGCUCCAGUCCCACGACAGAGAGGACUAUGGGAAAUUGAAGGCAGCCAUCUUGAGAGGAGAUACUGUCAGUAGGGAGAAGAGCCGCCAGCGCUUCAGGUGCUUCUGCUACCAAGAGGCUGAGGGGCCGAGGGGGGCUUACAGCCAGCUCCAGGAGCUUUGCCACGGGUGGCUGAAGGCUGAGCGGCACUCCAAGGAGCAGAUUCUGGAGAUGCUGAUCCUGGAGCAGUUCCUGGCCGUCCUGCCCCCGGAGACACAGAGCUGGGUCAGGGAACAAGGCCCAGAGACCUGCUCCCAUGCUGUGGCCCUGGCUGAGGAUUUCCUACAGAUUGUACGAAAUAGCAGUUCAGCGCGAAGUCAGGUGGCGUUGCAGGAGGGAGCCGCAGAUUGCCAGGACACACAGCCAGCUCCGUCAGCCUCUGAAGAGGGGCAGCUGCACAGGGAGACCAAAGAGGAAGAGGACAACGGGGAUGCCAAUCCUGUGGGGUGGAGGGCUACUGAUGAUGCGGAGAAAAAUGUGCUGGAAGAUUUGAACCUGUCGGAGCUACAGAGGAAGUUAAUGUGGGAAGCGGAAGGGAAGCUGCCACAGCGCUGCCGUCAGGAAGGUGCUUCAGCGAGUUCAGAGCACCGGCAGGAAGUGCCCCUGGCAGAGGAGAAGGGCGAACUGAUGCCUUGCACGGAAGACCACGAGGCCCCUGGUGAACGCAUGGUCCCGACAGCAGGUGAUAUGUGGAACGGUGGGACUGGAAUAUCAUCUGGAAGAAUGGACCAUAAGGAAAAAAUGCAAGAGGAAAACCACCUGGAGAAGAGGAAACGUAAAGCUAUCACUUGCCAAAGUGAGAACUUCUGUGGAAACCCAUUCCAACAAGAAAAGCAAACAGAAAAUAUAAGGAACAAGUGCCUCGGUGCUCAUCGGAGAAUCCAUGGAGGGGAAAAAACAAACAAAAGCUUCAAGUUUGGGAAGAGCUUCACUUUGAGCAGAAACCUCACUAAAGCUCAAAUGCUCUGCUUAGGGGAAAAGCCAUAUAAAUGUUUGGUGUGUGGAAAGAGCUUCAACUGGAGCACAAACCUUACUUCGCAUCAAAGAAUUCACACAGGUGAGAGACCAUAUAAGUGUUCUGACUGUAACAAGACCUUCUGUGAUCAGUCAGGUCUCAUUAAACAUAAGCGGGUCCACACAGGGGAGAAACCUUAUCAUUGUUUGAUAUGCGGAAAGAGCUUCAGUCAGAACACACACCUUACUACGCAUCAAAGAAUGCACACAGGGGAGAAACCAUAUAAAUGCCCAGAAUGUGGAAGUGGCUUUAGUAGGAAAACAUACCUUAUUUCACAUCAAAGGAUUCACACAGGAGAAAGACCUUACAAAUGUUUGGACUGUGAAAAGAGUUUCUUUCAGAGCUCACACCUUACAUCACACCAAAAGAUACACACAGGAGAGAACCCCUAUAGCUGUUCAGUCUGUGGUAAGAGGUUCUCUGUUAAAGCAUCUCUUCUUCAGCAUGAAAGGACCCACACAGGGGAGAAACCUUACACAUGCUCAGAUUGUGGAAAGAGCUUUAAUCGGAAUACAACUUUAAUUGCACAUCAAAGAAUACACACUGGGGAGAAGCCAUACAAAUGCUUAGAAUGUGGAAAGAGCUUCAUCCAAAGCACAAGUCUUACUUCACAUAAAAGAAUUCACAUACAUGAGAAAGUAAAUAAAAUCAUAGCUGGGAAGAGCUUCAAUUGGAGCAGAAAUCGUACUGAAUAUAAAACACUACACAAAGAGAAAAACCAUAUAAAUGUUCCGACUGUGGAAAGAGCUUAAAUCAAAUAGAAGCCUUGCUUCUCAUCAAAGAAUCCACACAGGGGAGCAACCAUACAGCUGCUCAGACUGCAUAAAAAGCUUUUGCGAUCAGUCAAGCCUUAUUAAGCAUAAGAAUACACACAGGGGAGAAACCAUAUAAAUGUUUUCAGUGUGGAAAGAGCUUCAGUCAGAGUACAAACCUUCUUAGGCAUGAAAGAACUCAUGUGAAGUGUUCAUCCAUAUGAGAAUCUGCAUACGUGCUCCAUAUUUGUAAUGACUUGGGAAUUGGUUGCAGGAAAAAAGGCCUUCUCGGUGGCUGCUCGUUUUCUCCUCAAUCAUCUGAUUAAGAUUUGCGGCUUCUUGCUUGCACAGUUUCUUUGAACAUUUCAAUUUCAUCGUAUGUUUGGGCUGGAAGAUGGGAGAGGCAUUAAAUAAGCCUAUGACAUAAAAUAAAAAGGAAGCAGUAUGCAUGUUUGAUGUAUGGGAAGCUUUCCUAUCAACAUAUCUGUGCACAUGUAAUGAUGAACACAUGUUACCUAAUAUCUGGUGGUGGUCUUUGUUAUGCACUGUCAAGUCAUCUUCAACUUAGGGUGACCCCAUGAAUGUCGGCCUGCCUCUUUUUCGCUCUUCUGCUUCCUCUUCUGCCUUUGACUUUCCCCUGCGUGAUGAUCUUCUCCCAGGAGUCUUUCCUUCUCAUGAUGUGCCUCAGGUGUGUCCGUUUUGCUUCUAGGCAAGGCUCUGGCUUGGUUUGAUCUAGGACCCACAUGUUGUCUUUGUGUUGGUCCAGGGUCGUCACAAAGCUCUCCUUCAGCCCUGUGUUUUGAAUGCCGGAGGAGGGCGUUGCAAAUACUUGGUAACACCAUUAUGAUAAUCGUGCUGUCGUUGCUAUUUUUGUUUUUAAAGUACCCCGUAUUUAUUUUAAUGUUGAUUCUAUUUAUAUCCCACCUUUUUUCCCUUCAAGGAACUCAAAGAGGCUUUCAUAGGUCUCCUCUCUCAUUUUUCCUCACAACAACAAUCCUGCAAGGUAGGUUGGGCUGAGAGUCCGCAACUGGCCCAUAGUCACCUGGUGAGCGCCAAGGCUCAACGGAGACGCAGGCUCGGAUCUCUUAAGUCCCAGUUCAGCGCUUUUAAGCACUGCACCACACUGGCUCUCUGGGCGGUUUACUAGUCCUGUUUAGCCUAGUAUCUUCUGCUUUGAUUAGUUCAAUGAUAACUCACACUCAGCCCUUGAAUGCAGGUUAUCAUGUUAUCUCACACACACAUGUUCACACCAGCACACACACAAGGGUCAAAUGGCUGGUGCCAGCAAAGGGGGUCUGCCUGGCACCAAAAUGAAAGUAGGGCUGCUGGCAGGCUAAAACUGUCCCCUGGAAAUUUGAGACCCAUUUUUACCAAGGGAUUGUAAGAACUCACUCUAGUGCCAGCAGGUGUGGGUUUUGCCUCUCCCCUCCCCUCCCCUCUCCUCCCUCUGUAACUUGGAAUUGUAAUGUUGGCCUGUAUUUUAUUGCUGUUCACUGCUGAGAGAGCCCUGUCAGGUUAUUCAGCAGCCUAUUAAUUUAUAAGCAAGCAACUAUUUUUUUCCAAUAUACGAUGAGAUAAUAAGAGCGUUUUUAGUAGCCAACACUAGCAAAUUAAAACCCCAUCCGUUGAAAAUACAUCUUGCUUCUAGCCAUAGGCCACUACAAACAGUGUGAAAGUAAAAUAUCUAAAAUGAGGGUAUAAAACAUUAAUAUUUGGGCAUCUGCAUUCUCAUACGGCACAAAACUAUAACCAAAAUACAACUUUCAUUUUAAAAAUCCCAGAAUUCACGUGACUCGGCUUAUCCAAUUAGAUCCGUUUUGCACUCUGCUAUUGUCUUCUUCACAAUUCUAGUUCAAAGUUUUUAGCUGUCGUGAUAAUUCAACAGGAUUUGUGUGCAUCUGAGAGCAAAUAUCAUUGGUUGGCUUCCUUAUACAUUGGGACACAUAAUGAAAUACAAAUUUUGUUCUGGAAGAAUUGUAUAGUCCAGAACAGUAGGAAAUAGAAGAAAUCCUCUAUGCAGCCUUCUCUACACAUGUGUAAUCUUUCUUUCAGGAAUAUGUAGAUGUCUUCCAGACAUGUGCUGAAACCCAAGUUCAAUAAAAUCUAUCCUUAACUGGAGAAAAAUGA